AGAAUCCAGACGUCCAGGCGCCGGACGGAAGUACCGUAACUGGGAAGGGACACUGCUGAAGAUCAGCAGCAAUGGCGGAGUCUGAAAACAAUGUGGAAUUAAAACGAAAAGCAGAUGAAAAUCAGGAUGGAGAUGGAAAUGGAGAAGAUGAUGAAUGGGUCGGACCUAUGCCAAGCGAAGCCGCAAAAGCCAAGAAAAGGAAAGUUUUGGAAUAUGAGCGUGUCUACCUGGACAACCUACCUUCAGCUGCAAUGUACGAAAGGAGCUACAUGCACAGGGACGUUAUCACACACAUAGUUUGCUCCAAGACAGACUUCAUCAUCACAGCCAGCCAGGAUGGCCAUGUCAAGUUCUGGAAGAAGAAGGAGGAGGAGGGAAUAGAGUUUGUCAAACACUUCCGAAGUCAUCUCGGUGUGAUAGAAAGCAUUGCAGUCAGUGCUGAAGGGGCCCUUUUUUGUUCCGUCGGUGACGAUCAGGCCAUGAAAGUAUUUGAUGUUGUCAACUUUGACAUGAUCAAUAUGCUGAAGUUGGGCUUUCAUCCAGGCCAGUGUGAGUGGAUCUACAAUCCCGGGGAUGCCAUUUCCACAGUGGCCUGCUCGGAAAAAUCCACAGGGAAGAUCUUCGUCUACGAUGGACGGGGAAGCAACGAGCCCCUGCAUGUCUUCGACAAAAUGCACUCUUCGCCGCUGUCCCAAAUCCGCCUGAAUCCCAAAUAUAGAGUCAUCGUGUCUGCUGACAAAGCGGGAAUGCUGGAAUACUGGACUGGCCUCCCAAGUGAAUUCAAGUUCCCCAAACAUGUGGAUUGGGAAUACAAAACAGACACAGACUUGUAUGAAUUUGCAAAACACAAAACCUACCCCACCAGCCUCGCGUUCUCUCCGGAUGGGAAGAAAAUGGCAACCAUUGCUUCCGACAGGAAAGUCAGGAUCUUCCGUUUCCUGACAGGAAAACUGAUGAGAGUGUUUGAUGAAUCGUUAACAAUGUUCACAGAGUUGCAGCAGAUGAGGCAGCAGCUGCCGGACAUGGAGUUUGGGAGGCGAAUGGCUGUGGAGAGAGAGCUGGAGAAGGUGGAUGGUAUCCGACUGACAAAUAUCAUCUUUGAUGAGACCGGCCACUUUGUGCUCUAUGGGACCAUGCUGGGCAUCAAGGUCAUCAAUGUGGAAACCAACAGAUGUGUGCGGAUCCUCGGGAAGCUGGAGAACAUCCGUGUGGUCCAGCUGAGUUUGUUCCAGGGGGUUGCAAAGGCCAUGCAUGUGGCCCCCACUGUGGAGAUGAAGGCAUCUGACAAUCCUGCCUUAGAGAACGUAGAGCCCGACCCCACCAUAUUCUGCACUGCAUUCAAGAAGAACCGCUUUUACAUGUUCUCAAAAAGAGAACCAGAGGAUACAAAGAGCGCAGACUCAGACAGAGACAUCUUUAACGAGAAGCCUUCGAAGGAAGAGGUGAUGGCUGCGACACAGGCCGAGGGCCCCAAGAGAGUGUCUGACAGUGCCAUCAUCCACACCACCAUGGGAGACAUCCACAUCAAGCUCUUCCCUGUAGAAUGCCCCAAAACUGUGGAGAACUUCUGUGUUCACAGCAGGAAUGGCUACUAUAACAGCCAUAUAUUCCACAGAGUGAUCAAGGGCUUUAUGAUUCAGACAGGAGACCCCACAGGCACAGGCAUGGGAGGAGAGAGCAUCUGGGGGGGAGAGUUCGAGGACGAGUUCCACGCCACGCUGAGACACGACCGCCCGUACACGCUCAGUAUGGCAAACGCAGGCGCCGGCACCAACGGCUCACAGUUUUUCAUCACCGUUGUACCCACUCCUUGGCUCGACAACAAGCACACUGUGUUUGGAAGGUGUACGAAAGGCAUGGAGGCGGUCCAGAGGAUCUCCAACGUCAAGGUUAACCCCAAGACUGACAAACCGUACGAAGACAUCAGCAUUAUCAACAUCACCAUCAAGUGAUUGUGCGUCUUACUCGUGUCCUGUACAGUGAUGUUUUUUUUUUUACCACUUUGUUAUUAAAAAAAGAUGCUUGAUUGUAAUAAGAGGGAUUUGUUCUUUGCAUUGGAGACAGUCAACUUGUAGACUGCAAAGCAGCAGAAUCCAGUGUCAAAGAAAGAAAAAAGCUGCCAGCCAGACAAAUAAGGUCGGUUAGUUUAUUUUACAGCAUCACAUGAUGAAUCGUUUACAAAGGCCAUCAUCCAGUCCACCAGUAACAAAGGUUUCGAUGUGCAUU